AUGUGUGAAGGUGAAAAUUCGUUUUUCCGACCCUGGAACGGGCCAUCAGCGGAUCGAGAAGAUCCACCCCGUGUACCCAGUGUUAAAAGUGAACCAGAGGAUGAUAAUCACAGUGUGACAUCCAACUCCCAGAGUGUAUCAUCGUGCUCGAUAACAAGUGGCGGUGAUCUUCCCGAUUCUGGUAGUCUCGAUAUGCUGUCAAAGUUGGUAUUCAAGUCAACACAGGAGAGUGAUACUCAAUCCACUGGAGAUAAUUCAAUGACAGGACGAAGCAGUUCCACGAGUGCCUUCUCCACCGUUCACGGUUCGCCGUCUGCCUUCACACCGACUUAUCAAUCGAUCUGUCCCGAUUAUCUUGCACCCUUGACCAAUGAUAACGUCGCACAGUAUCAGGCUUAUCGAGCACAAUUGUAUGAGUAUGGGGUGCAUCUGCCUAUGGGACAGUAUCCAAGCAUUGAGGAGGCAAUUAAGAUGAUUCAUCAGCAGGAUGUCGCUGCCAAACAGAUCAAGAAGCUCAGACCCAAGAAGUUCAAGUGUCAGUACUGCGAUGUGGCCUUCAGCAAUAAUGGACAGCUCAAAGGACACAUUAGGAUUCACACCGGCGAAAGACCUUUCAAAUGUGACGCGGAAAGUUGUGGAAAGUCAUUCACUAGGAAUGAAGAGUUGACGAGACACAAGAGAAUUCACACGGGACUUCGACCAUACGCCUGUUUAAUUUGUGGAAAGCCAUUUGGAAGAAAGGAUCAUUUGAAAAAACAUGUGAGGACUCACGAAAACAGAGGACCAUAUUCCCUUCCUGGUGCAGCCUACGGUGUUGGGAGUCAUUUAUCGCCGCACGCUGUUCCGUCUUAUUCCAACAUUUUCAAUUAUCAGAUUCGUCCACCAAAUUGCGUUAUAAAUUUUUGA